AUGAAACUCCUCCUCACCACCCUCAUCCUCUCCACCCACCUCCUCCACGCAACCGCAAUAUCCAUACCCACCACCAACCUCCAAGACGACCACCCCCACGCCAACUGCGACUGCUACCUCACCUCCAGCAUCACCUCCAACAGCCCCUCAAACCAGACAACCCCAACCUACUUCACUCACUACAGAUUCUGGGACUUCCGCAACGCCCCUCUCCCGCAAACCAAGCCCGAAACAACACAAACCAACCCCUCCAACCCGCACGACACAUCCACACUAGAAAUCUACCCUCUAACAAACACCCUCUUCUCACACGACUGGCGCGUCCAAACCUGGGACCGCGAAGCAACAGACAUCAGCCCCGUACCAAUGAAGAACACCGACGGGAACGUCUUCCUCCUCAAACACCCAACCAGCACCCCCAAGGACCCACGCUCAUCAUUCCUCGUCCUCCGCACCACCCGCUUCCAAGACCACGCAUCAACAGCCGAAGUGGAAGGUCUCUUCGGAUACAUAUACCACUGUUCACUACGCCUACGAAUGAGAAUGAUGUCUCGAGACGACAUCCUAACAGCGGCAGGAGCAGCAUCCAACUCCCAACCAGUAUCACAACCCCAAACCAAGAUCCCCCGCGGCAGCUGCGCCGGCAUCUUCACCUACCGAUCCUCGAUCUGCGAAUCCGACAUCGAGAUCCUCACCACCGAAGACACCCACACAAUCCACUACGCUAAUCAACCCGACUACGAUCCCAUCUCGGACACUAUCAUCCCGGGGGCAAGUUCGAUCGUGAAUCUGAGUAAGCCGUGGACGUCGUGGACGACGCAUCGGCUGGACUGGGUGGCUGAUAUGUCGGCCUGGUAUGCGGAUGGGCAGGUACAGAGUAAGAGUAACUAUUCGGUGCCGGAUCGGCCGAGUAUCGUGGCGAUGAAUUUGUGGAGUAAUGGGGGUAAUUGGUCAGGGGAUAUGAAAGUCGGGGAGAGUGUGUUUAUGGGGAUUGAGUGGAUUGAGUUGGUUUAUAAUGUCACUGAGGCCGAUCAGGAUCUUCCGAUUAAGGAUCAUCCUGGGCAUAGGGAUCGGUAUCAUCGGGUUGGGGGGAGUGCUUCUGAUUCUGGUUUUGUUACUUCUUCUGUGGGUGGGGAUGAGGAUGAUGUCGAACGGAAGAUGGGGAAGGCUAAGGAGAAGGGUGCUGGGUGUCAGAGACCGUGCUGGAUUGAUCCGUGGCAUCCUGUGUGA